ACUCUUCCUCUUCCUCUUCCUCUUCUCUGCACCCACCAAAACCCUUCAAAACUAUUACCUACCUCUAUCUAUCUAUCUAUAUAUAUGUAUGUGUGUGUGUGUGUGUGUGUACGCAUGGCCUUCCACGCUCAUCAGCUAAACCAAAGAUGUCCCUUUUAGGAGCCGAUUACUUGUCUUCUGCCAGUAAUACGCCCUUCUUGGGUCCAAGGCAAAGGAUGGAGCUUCAAGACUUCAGCCGGAGACCCCAACACACCCUGUCCUUCACGCUUGGUGAGCUUUUGCAGCGUGUCGGAGACUCCCACAACGAGUUUUCCGCAGACGAGAGCUCCCCGCCGGCACACCGCGUACUCGACUUCUCCGAGCCCUCGUCGUUGCCGUUCGUUCUCUCGUUCAGUAAUUUAACGUAUUGUGUGAAGGUGCGCCAGAAAAUGGAGUUGCCGGGGUGGUUUAGGAGGAGGGCCGAGCUCGAGUUGCCGGAAAAUAUGGUCAAUGGGAACACGAAGGUUUUGCUGAACGACAUCUCCGGCGAGGCCAGGGAAGGCGAGAUCAUGGCCGUUCUCGGCGCCAGUGGCUCCGGGAAAUCCACCCUUAUCGACGCGCUCGCCGACCGCAUCGCCAAAGAAAGCCUGAAAGGCACCGUAACUCUGAACGGCGAAGUUUUGCAAUCUAAGCUUCUGAAAGUGAUCUCUGCCUAUGUGAUGCAGGACGAUUUGUUGUUUCCCAUGUUAACGGUGGAAGAAACUCUCAUGUUCUCUGCGGAAUUCCGGCUGCCUCGAACCUUAUCGGCGUCGAAGAAGAAAGCGAGAGUCCAGGCUCUGAUCGACCAGCUCGGGCUCAGGAGCGCCGCCAAGACAGUGAUCGGCGACGAGGGCCACCGAGGCGUGUCUGGAGGGGAACGCAGACGGGUCUCAAUCGGGACCGACAUAAUCCACGACCCGAUCAUCCUCUUCCUCGACGAACCGACUUCGGGGCUCGACUCCACCAGCGCCUUCAUGGUCGUGAAGGUCUUGCAGCGAAUUGCUCAGAGCGGAAGCAUCGUGAUCAUGUCGAUUCAUCAACCCAGUUACCGGAUUGUGAACCUUCUCGAUCGGUUGAUCUUCCUUUCCCGUGGGCAAACCGUUUUCAACGGGUCUCCGGGCAGCCUGCCCCAGUUCUUCGCAGAGUUCGGGCACCCGAUCCCGGAGAACGAGAACCGAACUGAAUUCGCUCUGGAUUUGAUCCGAGAGCUUGAAGGCUCUCCUAGCGGAACCAAGACCCUAGUAGAUUUCAACAAAUCAUGGCGAAUGAAAAGAACGAUUCGGGGAAGCACCAAAUACCGGCCGAAACAGUCGCUGAAAGACGCUAUUAGCGCCAGCGUUUCUCGGGGAAAGCUAGUCUCCGGAGGCGGUGCCACCGGCGUUGCCACCGAAUCUUCAAUGCCGACUUUCGCAAAUCCGUUCUGGAUCGAGGUCCUGGUGAUCGCCAAACGAUCACUCACAAACUCCCGCCGCUCGCCCGAGCUCUUCGGGAUCCGGCUCGGCGCCGUUCUCGUAACCGGAAUCAUCCUCGCUACCAUGUUCUGGCGGCUCGACGACUCCCCAAAAGGCGUCCAAGAAAGACUCGGCUUCUUCGCCUUCGCCAUGUCAACCACUUUCUACACCUGCGCCGAAGCGAUUCCCGUCUUUCUAAUGGAACGCUACAUCUUCAUGAGAGAAACGGCCUACAAUGCCUAUCGCAGGUCUUCCUACGUUCUCUCCCACUGUUUAACCUCAAUCCCGUCGAUUCUGAUUCUGUCACUGACUUUCUCGGCGGCCACGUUCUGGGCGGUGGGGCUCGCCGGCGGGUUUUCCGGUUUCCUCUUCUUUCUUCUAAUAAUGGUGGCGGCGUUCUGGGCCGGAAGCUCCUUCGUGACCUUCCUCUCCGGCGUGGUUUCCCACGUGAUGCUGGGAUACACGGUUGUCGUCGCCAUUUUAGCCUACUUUCUGCUCUUCAGCGGCUUCUUCAUAACCAGAGACCGGAUCCCGCCGUACUGGCUCUGGUUCCAUUACUUGUCGCUGGUGAAGUACCCGUACGAGGGAGUGUUGCAGAACGAGUUUGACGAUCCGAGUAAGUGCUUUGUGAGGGGUGUUCAGAUCUUUGACAACUCGCCGUUGGGGGCGAUGCCGAGCUCUGUGAAGGUGAAGCUGUUGAAGACAAUAAGCAGUUCGCUGGGAGUGAACAUCACGAGCUCGACUUGCUUGACGACUGGCAUGGACAUACUGAAGACGCAGGGGAUCACUGAUUUCAGCAAGUGGAGCUGCUUCUGGAUCACGGUGGCUUUCGGGUUCUUCUUCAGGAUCCUGUUCUACUUCUCUUUGUUGCUUGGGAGCAAGAACAAGAGAAGAUGAGGAAUUAAGCAGAAAGCAUUAGAAAUAACAGAUAUUGGCGGGAAUGGCUCUGUUUUUUUAAUUUUCUUAUCAGAAUUUUUGAUUAAAAAGAAGUGUCACGUAAAGAUGGUUUUAAAACACAACUCGUGAUGAAUUAUUAUUAUUAUUAUUAUUUGUUAGUUA